GAAAGAACAUAGGUUUUAAGUCGAUUUUUCACCCACAGUCUUUCUUUAAAUCUUUCUCAACAUAGCUGUUCGAUCUCAAUAAGAAUAUAUAUCUUUUCUUAUAAAACAUAAAAGAAGAAAUGUUGGGGUCAAGUAGCGGAUGCGAGUCAGGAUGGACUCUGUAUUUAGACCAGUCUGUUUCUUCACCAAGUCCUUCUUGUUUUAGAGACAGCAAUGGGUUUGACAGCAGAAGAAGAAGCAAAGAUUCAUGGGACCAAAAUUAUGUGCAUCAAGAAGAGGAAGAAGAAGAAGACGAUUUGUCAAUGAUUUCAGAUGCUUCUUCUGGUCCAAGGAAUAUUUCUGAGGAAGAUUCUGUGAAGAAGAUAAAUAUUGUUGGUCUCAAGAAACAAUGCAAGAGAGAAAAGAAAAGAAGAGAUUAUGAGAAAAUGAACUCACUUCUUGAUGAUACUGCUAGUUCUCCUCUUUUCAAUUUCCCUCAUAUGUUGCAGAAAAGUGUUGGUGGUAAUAAGAUAGAGCAAACCUUUCCAGAAAGUACAUUGGAUUACUCACAAGGCUUCUCGGCUACUCAGUUUCAGGACAAAACAGCAUUCCAAGAGCAGUGUGGUUAUUUGCAUAUGGAAACCAGAUUCUAAAUAACCAGUUCAGUAAUUUUUUAUUAUUAUUUCUGUAGAUGUUCAACUACUUUGUUUAUUCUUACUUUAUAAAGAAUAUAUCAAAUCUGACUAAAAUUAACUUUGAAAUUCGCUGGUGAAGAUCAAACUGAUGAAGAGCAGCAGCUAUUUUGGACAUUUGUGAAGCUUUUAUGGAUUCAACUUGAAUCAUUUCAAGCAGUGAUUAAAGUGAAACUUUAACGUCCCAAAUAUGAAAAAUAGGAAGGAGUUUUAAGCAAAAGACUGAUAUAGAACGAAAAAAAAAAAGGGUUCUCAAAUCUCAACUGGACUGAUUCUUUUCUCUCUUUUGCUUUGUAAUUUCGUCACAAACAAGUUUUCCUUGUAGCCGCCUUUAUGUAACUCGUGGUUUACAAAUUACAACACUUCACUUCCAUUGC